AUGGAUAUCGUCGAAGAUGUUGGCAGCCUGUUGGAAGAAUUCGCUCGAUUGAAGCGGCUUGGUCAGUUCACGGCUGCCAAGACCUUUUUCCAAGAGUCACUCGCCGAGUUCCAUGCCUCGUUUCCGGUGGCGCUCGAAUAUGCAGAUCUGUUGGCCGAGCAAGAAAUGUACGAGCAGAUUUGUCGAUUGGAGUCUCCUCUAGGAGGGGAAGACUUUUCUCCGAAAGAUUUCGAUCCAGCGGACGACCCCUGCACGUUUCUUUAUCGAGCGAACUGGGCUCUCAUUCAGGCCUUGGCGGCGAUUCAUUGUCAAGGGCGCCUGAAAGAGGCAUGCGAGAAGGUGCAGGUCUUCCGCUACGUCUUCAAAAUCCUCACGCAAGUGGAGAGUGAGUCAAACUUGAUCACUGAACGCGAUUUCGACAUUUGGUCUUGGACUCACCUGUACCAAAUGAUGAUAGCGGACGGUCGGGUCUGGGAUGCUCGCGAUAUCAUAAUAGCUUCAAUGCGAGCCGACGGGGCAGCCAAAACAUGGCUGUCGGUAUUUGGUAUAGAAAUUACCUCUGAACACUCCUUCAAUCGCUUCUUGGAGGACUGGAAAAUGGAUCAGUACGAUGAAGCCACCUGCCUGGCGCUCCUCGAUAUUCUUGUGUCUGCCUGCCAGGAGCUCACCUCGCCCUCCAUGUCUACUCUCAGUGACGAAGACCUUGUACUGGCUCAGCGGAUUUUAGAAAAUGCCGGAUAUUUGAUUAGCCGGCUCGAAGGGAAUCAUGUCGAGCUAGUAAAGACGAGGUCUUAUCUUCGAUUCAUAAUCGCCAGGACCGAGGUAGAAAGAAAGCGUGCACCCCAGAGCAUGGAUAUUGGGAUGGCGAAGCAUCUGUCAAUGUUUCCAGGGUUAACUUUCUGGACGGGAGUCGUGCCUAUCUAUCUGCCCAUUAAAACCGAGAAUCCAGGAUGGAUACCUAGAGCAAGCACAAUGACCUCUUCCCGUCCAGAACUCGAAACUAUCGCGUCAAUAACGCAUGAGCUCGGCGACUACCCGACCCACAUUCUCUGUCGAGCCGAAUUGCUUCAUCAUUGCUCCGAGCCCGGUGCAGUCGAGCAGUUGACGCACAUGGCCGACCUCCAAAUUUGUACCCAGGGCGAUCGCUUGAGAUACCAGCACACCUGCCUCGCGAGGUUUCUCUGCAUUCGCGCCUUGCCACACAGACAGGCUCUACUCGAGAGUCUGCGUGUCUCACAACGAGCUUGGUGCUCUUUCCCGGGAUUGACUGCGUGGUGUGUCGCCACAGUUGAGCGUGCUCUAGUACUCCUGACAGCAGCGGAGGAAGGGAGUCCCGCGCCGCUGCAUGAGCAAGGCCGCAAUGAUGACUUUUCGACCUCUCUGCCGCAUGAUAUUCAGGAUCGGCUCCUACGCAAUGGACUGGACCGAAUGUAUCGCUUGGACCUCAGGAAAGAAAGACCUACCUCGACAACCAUUAUAACACGCACGACCACCAUCAAAUCAGCCCUCAAGUCGACACCGGCCCCUAGCGACGUAUGUCGGUGCGAGGUUUGCAGCGACUCUCCUGCCCAACAUACCUGCAGUGGGCACCAUAAUGCAAUCGAGAUAUCCUCCUUAGACGGCAGUGUUAGCGAUGAAGGUAGCAGCUCCACGAGUACCAGUCACGACAGCUUCCGCACGGCCCACGAAUCCGAUAGCCAGCCAAGUCCUCCGCGCCGAGCGUUGACAUCAGUGACCGUGGAGGAUGCUCCGGAUACAUCCGAUGAUGAACCUUCAACUAUAAUACACGAGAACUGAUCCGUCCUUCGAGAUAAUCAUCUGAAUGGACGAGGAUUGUGU